CGCAUCCGUUGUGUAAUACUCGCGUUCCUUCGCUUCUCUCUGCGCCGUACGUACGUAUUACGAGUGGGGAGAGAUUUUGCUGCUGCUGCUGGUGUUGCCGUUACCGUGGUUAUUACUACUACCAUUGCAAUUUGAAGGCACGGUUAGGGAGUAUUGUGUUGUGGUGGUCUUGCGACGGCGAAGAUACAACGCGAAGCGAAGAGGGCGGAAGGGAGAUGGGAUCACUUCUCGGCGACUGGCCGUCCUACGACCCCCACAACUUCAGCCAACUCCGCCCCGCCGAUCCCUCGGCCCAACCCUCCAAACUUACGCCUGCAACUUAUCAUCCUACUCAUAACAGGACUCUUCCACCACCAAACCAGGUGAUAUCAAAUGAAGCCAGAAAUAUUCUUCUGAGGCAUUUCUAUCAGAAGUCAGAAGAGAAGUUUCGACCAAAAAGAGCUGCCUCGGAUCACCUGACAUCCGAACACAAUUGCAAGCAACCCAGAGCUGCCUACGCUGAUGGAGCGCAUUAAGCUGAACAUAUUCUAGUUUCAUGCUUAACUAUCUCCUAUCUCCUUUGUGAGCUCGGCAUAUAGCAGUCUCUUUCUCUCUCUCUCUCUCUCUCUCUCUUCAGAUGCGUGUGUAGCUUGUGCCCACUGCAUAAUUUGCAGGCAUGUAUUGUAUGUUGACUGUCGUUAUAAUAUUCAGAUAAGCAAUUAAAUUA